CUGCCGAAGUAAGUGCGCUCACUACGCUGUCGAGGCAAAUAGCACUUUCCCCUUCCUACCACCAACCAUGGCGCCGCCUAUGCAGACACUGAAGCACGGAUACUUUGGCAAGGGCUCCGUAGAGGUCACGCCGUCUCAGGCUCCGGGCGAAGGCGGCGUUCGACGACUGGCCAUCGCGUCAGCAAAAUUGGUCACACAGCCCUUCGAAGGUCUCGACGUUAUUCCGGACCUCCUGGACUACUCUGCUCGGACGUACGGUUCGAGGAACGCCUUUGGAUGGCGAGACAUCAUCGACGUCGUUGAGGAGGAGAAAGAUGUGAAGAAAAUUGUCGACGGGAAGGAGGUUCACGAGAAAAAGAAAUGGAAAUAUUUCCAACUCAGCGACUACAAGUAUAUCUCCUACCUCGAAUUCAAGGAGAUUGUCUCGGAACUUGGUAGAGGGCUCGUCGACCUCGGGGUGAAGCAGGGAGACAUUUUCAAUGUUUAUUCGGGAACGAGUCUCAACUGGCAGCUCAUUGCCAAUGCAUGUGGGCUUAUCGGCACGACCAUUGCUACAGCGUACGAUACGCUGGGCGAGUCCGGCCUUGAACAUUCACUAAACGAGCCGGAAUGUGUCGGGCUCUUCACCAACGCAGAACUGCUGCCAACGCUAUACAACGUCCUUCGCCAGACUCCCACGGUCAAAUAUAUCAUUUAUGACGGCAACACGAAUACCAAGCUAGUGGAAGAACUCCACGCUGUCCGGGAAGACAUCAAAGUUUGUCAUAUCGACCAAGUCAGAGAAAACGGCAAGGCAAAGUCUCUCGAUACCAUCAAAGACCUGCGACCUACGCCCGAUACCACUGCUUGCAUUAUGUACACCAGCGGAAGCACCGGUCCACCGAAGGGCGUUGUCCUCACCCACAGAAACCUCGUAGCUUCCGUCGGAGCUGUAUACGUCCUUUUGGGCCACCACCUCACCCAGCAGGACUUCUAUCUUGCAUACCUCCCCUUGGCUCAUGUCUUAGAGUACAUUGUAGAGCUCUCUAUGCUUUUCGCCGGCGUGACGUCAGGAUACGGUCGCGUCAAGACCCUGACAGAUGCAUCUGUACGAAACUGCAAAGGCGACAUCGCAGCAUUCCGUCCUAGUAUCAUGGUUGGCGUGCCCGCAGUAUGGGAAACUAUUCGAAAAGGCAUCCUGUCCAAAGUCAACUCGGGAGGUGCCAUUACGCGUUUCGUGUUCAAUGCUGCCAUAACCUUGAGGAAGAACAACGUUCCCGUUCUCGGUUAUCUUGCUGACACUGUUGUGCUUAGUGGAGUGAGAGCGGCGACGGGCGGUAGGUUACGUGUGGCCCUUUCUGGUGGUGCUGCUAUUAGCAAGGAAACCCAAGAGUUUUUGAACGUCGCGUUGAUGUGUAUGCUUCAAGGCUAUGGUAUGACGGAGUCGUGCGGCAUGUGCGCUGUUCUGCCCCCGGAAUGCAUGCGAUAUGAAGCCGUGGGUCUGCCGAUGCCGUCAGUCGAAACAAAACUGCUUGACGUUCCCGAGGCCGGGUACUUGUCGUCGAACGACCCGCCUCAGGGUGAAGUGUGCAUUCGGGGACCAUCAGUAACGAAGGGCUACUUCAAGCGACCGGACCUGAAUGAGGAUGAGACCAUCUUCACCAAGGAUGGCUGGAUGCGCACGGGCGACGUUGGACAAUGGAACAGUGAUGGAACCUUGUCAUUAAUUGAUCGUAUUAAAAACCUUAUCAAGCUUUCUGGUGGCGAGUACAUAGCGCUCGAACGACUUGAGGCGACAUACAAAUCAUGCAACCUGAUUGGCAAUAUGUGUAUAUAUGCCAACGCAAGUGCCUCGCAGCCUAUUGCUAUUAUCAUACCACAUGAAGCGCACCUGCGGCAUUAUCUUGCGAACGUUCCCGAUGUCAAUGGCAAGGAUGGUCUGGGCAUCCUAUGUCACAAUAAGAAGGUUGUGUCACUGGUUUUGAAGGAGUGUAACGCUAUCGGAAAGAAAUCAGGCUUCAAGACGAUGGAGUUAUUGCAAGCUGUUAUUUUGACACCAGACGAGUGGACGCCGGAGAGUGGGUUGGUCACUGCAGCACAGAAGAUCAACAGGAGCGCCAUCGCGAAGCAGUUCGCGUCUGAGAUCAAAGAGGCCUACAAGCAGUAGCUGCACGAGAGUCGGACUUUUCCUUUCACGAUUUUCUUUUUUCUUUAAUUGUGGCUUUCGUCGUGUAUUCUACCAUAAACUUCUUAGAUCUGGACGUUGAUAAAGGCAUUUCAUUUCGUUCAUAUCCGUGACAGCGUAAAAGGUACGAGGAAUCGAGAUUCUUCAUGCCUUUUCUUCUUGAGAUUCAGAAUAAAUGCUCUCAUUACGCGACCCUUCCGGCAUGUCAGGCAUGCGUUUGCUGUCUUCCUUGAGC